AUGGUUUUGACGCGUGUGUUCCGUGCCGUGAGUCGUUCGACCUUGCUCAAUGCGGGUGUCGCUAGCGGUGGAGGGCCACAGGGACAGCUGGUACGACUGCCGCUGCUGCGCCGCAAGUAUACGUAUCGCAGCGGUGCCCUAAAACCGAUGCCCGAAAUCACACCGUUCGGUUUAUUUGGCGUAAUCUGCACCGUCAUACCGGGACUGUUGAUUGGGGCCACCAUCAGCAAGAACAUGGCCAACUUUCUCGAGGAGAACGAUCUGUUUGUGCCAUCGGAUGAUGAUGAUGAUGACGAUUAGACGAGCCGUACGCGCACACCCG